CGAGUGCGCCGGGCUCAUGCAAUAAUUUCUGGACGGAUCAUAUAGAGGCGACUGCCACGUACCAAUGUUGGUGCUCUUCUCAUCGAAUAAGCCACGAGACGCCACAGGCAGCAAUUACCACCACAAGGAAGGAAACAAUGGCCUCUCCUCAGCUCCGACGAGUCCCAGUCUUCCUCACCCUCAUGUUCUUCUACAUCACCUUCGCUCCCUCUACAUCCUGGCUGGUCGACGCCGGCGAGGACCCAGUCCCCGCGGUGUGGCCGGAGCAGUUCCAUGCCCUGAUGUUCAUGAACUCCAGCGGCAACCUGUCCCUGAUCGACCUCUGGUACGACUGGCCCAACGGCCGCAACUUCAACAUCAUCCGCGACCAGCUCUCGACCUCCCUCUACUACGACCUCGAGUGGAACAACGGCACCUCCUUCUUCUACAGGCUCGACCCCGCCUCUGAGCAGUGCCGCUCCGUGCAGCUCGAGGUGGGCAUCCUCCGCCCCAACUGGCUCGACGGCGCCACGUACCUUGGCCAGCGCCGAGCGAACGGCUUCCUCUGCAAUGUCUGGGAGAAGGUUGACUUCAUCUGGUACUACGAAGAUGUCGCUACCAAACGCCCCGUUCAGUGGGUCUUCUACACAGGGAGAGAAGCCAAUGUGAUGACAUACGAAGUGGGAGCUGUUCUCGAGGAUGCUAAAUGGCAAGCCCCAUCUUAUUGUUUCUCAAAGAAAGAAGCUAUCAAUGGACAGAACCCCGAACUCGCCAUAACCGGGCGGUUCUGGGAGGAGUCUACUCGAAGGAGUGCUGAGAGGUUUUUCCUUUGCUGUGGAAUUGCUCUCUUCAAUUUAUCAGUGGAAGCCUUAUGAGAAGUUAUUGCUGCUUUAGGACAUUUAGUAAAAACAGCAAAUGUGAAGAAGGAAACUAGUCAGUUGUCUGUCUCUAUUCUGAGGAGUUGCAAGAAGAUGUCGAAGAGAGCACUCAUGUAACAGUACGAAGCUUCACCAUACUGGAAGUUCCUCUUCUGCUAUCAUCAAGUCAUCCCUGCUUUCAUGAUCGAUCAACGCAGUGUAAUACUGCUACAGUGCUACUGCAUAUGCAUCAGGUUUUUUGGGUUUAAUUAUUUUAUUUCCUUCUUGUCUUUAUUUUUGGUCGAAGCAGAAGUUACCUUGUGGCCCUGAUACUAAUUUAUGUAUUAAGAAAGAUCAUAAAUAGCCAUGGAAGGAAAAUCAGCCACUUCCACCACCCCAGAGAAGCAAUGGCAUUUCCUUGAAUUACAUCAGUCCUUGUCUUCCUCCUCGUCUUAAUUUAUAUUUACUUCCACUUCCCU